AUGCUUUCUAUGGGAAUUGCUUAUUGUUGAAAGCUGGAUUAUCAAAAAGCAUUGAAAUUUUUAAAUAAAGCAAAGAAAAUGAUGUAUGAUUUUAUUGAAAGUUAUAAAAAUCAGUUAUUUAUUGCUUAUGCGUACAUUGGAGAAUUAUGCAAUCUUCAAGGCAAAUUAAAAUACGCAAAAAUAUACUUUACUAAAGCUAUCGAGCUUAUUGGCAGCUAUGACAUUUUUAAUAUUGAUAUGCUUCUAAAAUCCCAAAGCUUUGUUUUUAGUUAUUUUUAUGGAAAAUCUGGCUAUGAAAAAUGCAGGAUAAUUUUGCUAAGAGUGAAUGAAAUAUUAAAAAAUAACAUGCAUCAAAAGUUUAGAAUGCCUUGCUACUUUAUUCAAUGAGCAGAGCUAUAUAUAUCUUUAAAUGAAAUCAAAGAAGCUGAAAAAUGCUUGAGUGAAGCUGAAAAAUUAUUGUUUUCUCAAAAAAAUAUAGUAAUCAAGGAUCUGGAUUGUGUGGGUGACUAUAUAGAUGUUGCGAAUAUUUAUAUUAAUUUAUCAAAUAAUUCUGAUGAAAAUCUUCAAAAGGCAGAAAAAAUUUUAAAAUACGCUGAAGGGGUUGUUAAUGAAAAGAGGCGCAACGAUCGAUUUUCGAAACUAGCUAUAUAUUACUGUCUUGGAAUGCUAUAUUCUAAAGAGCAAAGAUGGGAAUAUUCAAAAAUUUACAUUCAAAAAUUAUUAGAUUUAUAUAAGAAAUUCACCCAUAACCCAAGCGUAGUGAAAGAUCUUAAAUGCUGAAUCAAUUCAUUGAUGAAUUUUUGGAAAUUUAUAGAGAGAAAGUUUAAAAUAAAUAUCCAAAGUAAAUAA